CAUUAAGCAGAGUUCCCGUUCCUCUGAGGCAGCUGAAGAUGAAAAGGACCAGAGGACAGUGACAGUCAAUCCCUCUCACAUGAGAAAGGCUUUCAAGGUCAUGAAUGAAUUACGGAGCAAGCGGCUCCUGUGCGAUGUGGUGAUUGUGGCCGAGACCGUGGAGAUGGAAGCUCACCGGGUGGUGCUGGCAGCCUGCAGCCCCUAUUUCUGUGCCAUGUUUACAGGAGACAUGUCUGAAAGCAAGGCCAAGAAGAUUGAGAUCAAGGACGUGGACGGGCAGACCCUGAGGAAGCUGAUUGAUUACAUCUACACGGCGGAGAUCGAGGUCACCGAGGAGAACGUGCAGGUUUUGCUGCCAGCUGCCAGUUUACUGCAACUGAUGGACGUCAGAAAGAACUGCUGUGACUUCCUGCAGUCCCAGCUGCACCCCACCAACUGCCUUGGCAUCCGCGCCUUUGCCGACGUGCACGCCUGCAGCGAGCUGCUGCAGCAGGCCAACGCCUAUGCAGAGCAGCACUUCCCUGAGGUGAUGCUAGGAGAAGAAUUUCUUAGCCUUAGUCUGGACCAGGUUUGCAGUUUAAUAUCAAGUGACAAGCUCACAGUCUCCUCUGAAGAAAAGGUGUUUGAAGCAGUUAUCUCUUGGAUCAAUUAUGAGAAGGAAUCUCGCUUGGAGCACAUGGCUAAGCUGAUGGAGCACGUUCGCCUGCCCCUUUUGCCCAGGGAUUACCUGGUACAGACAGUCGAAGAAGAAGCUUUAAUCAAGAAUAACAACACCUGUAAAGACUUCCUUAUUGAAGCCAUGAAAUAUCAUUUGCUUCCUCUGGAUCAAAGGCAACUAAUAAAGAAUCCCAGGACAAAGCCAAGGACCCCCGUUAGCUUGCCAAAGGUGAUGAUUGUAGUGGGUGGGCAAGCACCCAAAGCCAUUCGCAGUGUGGAGUGCUAUGACUUUGAGGAGGAGCGGUGGGAUCAGGUUGCUGAGCUUCCCUCACGGAGAUGCAGAGCAGGCGUGGUGUUCAUGGCUGGCAGUGUCUAUGCCGUGGGGGGCUUCAAUGGCUCGCUGCGGGUGCGCACGGUGGACGUGUACGACGGCGCCAAGGACCAGUGGACGUCCAUCGCCAGCAUGCAGGAGCGGCGCAGCACGCUGGGCGCUGCCGUGCUCAAUGACCUCCUCUACGCCGUGGGAGGCUUUGAUGGCAGCACUGGUCUGGCAUCAGUUGAGGCCUAUAGCUAUAAAACCAAUGAGUGGUUUUUUGUGGCUCCCAUGAACACAAGAAGAAGCAGUGUUGGAGUUGGAGUUGUGGAGGGUGUUGGUGUGCUCAGUGGGCUGCUCUACGCCACCGGGGGCCAUGACGGGCCCUUGGUGAGGAAGAGUGUGGAAGUCUACGACCCAGGGACAAACACCUGGAAGCAAGUAGCAGACAUGAACAUGUGCAGAAGAAAUGCAGGGGUGUGUGCUGUGAAUGGUCUCCUCUACGUGGUGGGAGGCGAUGAUGGUUCCUGCAACCUGGCCUCGGUGGAGUACUACAACCCCAGCACAGACAAGUGGACGUUGUUGCCAACCAGCAUGAGCACAGGGAGGAGUUAUGCAGGUGUGGCUGUGAUUCACAAACCCUUGUGACACACGAUCAAGCCAAUGUGAGGAGCAGAAGUGAAGUGGAUCCAGCUAGGUGGUGUUGGGAAGAUGACUGACUUCUGACUUGACCCAUCUCAUUGCUGUUAAUGUCUUAGCAUGACAAGUGAUACGUUGCAAGCAUCAUCCACUCUGCAGUGGAUUGCAUAGCCAAGUGAAAAUCCCUCUGGGGACGUGUUCCAUGCUAGACACGAGGUGUUGCUUGUUAUCUGUGGUGCAAUCAGCUGUUCUUCUCGAUGGCAUGUGUCCUGAGAUAAACACUGUGCUUGGACUGCAGGCACGGGAUUUUUUGUGUGAAACAAAACUGCUACGUUUGGGCAUGUGAGUAAAAACGAACGUUUCUGGAUUUCUUCCCUACUGAUGCUCCGUGCACAUUGCUGGUUGAACUACUUACUCACUGUGCCUGGAAGGUGGACUUUAAUACUGGCAGGGGAAACUCCUGAGUUCCAGCUGAGAAAAAACAGCAGAAAUGGACUGGAACAGGGUGGUCUGGCUCGAGUGUGACGCUGUCUCAGCCGUACGUUUGUACAUGCCACUGGACUGCUGUGUGUAUCCCUGAAAUGCUUGUGGAAAUAAACACCAUGUGGUUUUUCUACUUGCCAUGGAUGCUGUGUGCUGUGCGUGCCGGGACCUGCUGGGCAGUGCCUUCCCUGGGGCUGAGCUCUCUGCACCUGAGCCACACCAACCCACAGCCCCACACUACACAUGCUGCUCCCACGGGCUUUGUUGCUCCUGUGAAACAAAUGUUGCUUGAAUAGAAAAUGUUCCCAACCCACACUUUUCAGCUGUGCUGAAAGCUUCAGUUCUAGCUCUGUCCAGCAUCUCAAUGCCAUUUCAUAAUAGAGCAUUUAGAUGUUUAAAAAAACCCCUUAUGGUGCCAUUAAUGUAGAGACAUUCCGUGCAGUGAGAGCCCUCUGUCACCCAAGCAGGGAUUAAUGAGCCAAGUAAAAUACCUGCAGUGUUUUAAUGCUUCCAGAGCAGGGAGAUUAACUAAUCACUGUCACUGUAAUUGCUAUUUUAGUUUUGCCCUUACUAAAAGCAUUCCUCUAUUAGUAUGAAAAACUCAUAAGAUUAUUCAAAACAGACAAAUCUAGAUCCAGAUGUAAGGGACCUGUCUUGCUUAUAUACCAAAUUCUUGAAGUUUUCUGUUUAAGAAGAUGUUUGACUUUAAACUACAUUUUUGUGUCUCUAUGAGCUCUGACAUGCUUCUGCAUACAGAGGUGAGGUCCCAGAAGCUCCUUAGCUAAAGGGAACUAGUGAAGAAAAAUAUUUUCUCUAUUCCUUGUUGUUUGGGUUGGUUUUUUUCCUGUUUUCCCCUUGUAGAUCAGCUGAGGCUUUUUGUUGUGGGCAGCUGUCCAGAGUUUUUAUGCUGGUUUCUGUCUCCAUAGAUCUGCUCAGUGUGACCUUAGACAGUAGAAGAGAAAAAUAUUUAAAAAUUUAUUUCAGAGGGAUCCAAGCUGCAUCAUCUUGUGCUGCUUUUGUAGAGGGGUGGGUUUCUUCUAUAAAUAUGUGUUCUUUGGUGUUUGAGUUGACACAGUCCUUGUUAGAUGGGUGCCUGUUCACUGUGGGGAAACAGCCCCUGCCUGUGUUGUGUCACUGCCUGCAGAGGGGCUGGCACUCCCUUCAUGGGGAAUGUGAGGUAGCUCCCACUCCUCUUGGGAUGUUCUUGCUUUCACAACAAGGGCAAACUGUCUAAAGAAUAGGCAUUGCUACUCUUUAUGUCUACACUUGUAUUGUAUGUGAGCUCAGAGGCCCUGAAAAUAGUAAUUAAGAAAAAAAAAAUAGUCUUUUUCAAAAUACCCUUUAAACCUUUUGCUUUGAGUUUUACAGUCUGCAGCAAAACGUGCCAAACCAAUAGUGUGACAUGCUGCUCUCCUGUGAGGUGUUGCUUACUGUAAAAGCCAUUGGGGCUUGUAGGAAUGUAUCCCAGUAGGAAUGUACAUCCCAGUAGGAAUGAUCCCAGUAGGAAUAUUCCCCUGACUGCAGCUGCCUUGGGGUCAGAGUCCUGAGAUGCACCUUUAUGGUGGCAUAAGGAAGGUGAUGAGGCCUCAGCUGGGACAGACUCAAAUUCACUGUCCCAAAAGGUGCUUCCCUUCCAUGCAGCCUGGGAAUAAAGGAUAAAAUGGGACAGACAAAACAUUUCAGUGCAAGGUAGCAUCUGUUGUUAGGCAGAGGUGACUGGAUAAGGCUGGGCAAGCAUUUGGGCACUCAUUAGUUCUGGUACAGACAUAAAGCUAAAUAAACUCCUCUAUAAGCUACUGUGCAGCCCAGCUGCAGCUCCACAGUUGGGAACAGUUCCCAGCCAACAUUCUCACACCUCUGACUUCUCUGGAGUAGAGGCCAAUAUUACCCAGAGACUAUGAGUUUAUGUGGGCUGGAGAUAAAAAUUGGUAGGUACUGCUAGAGAGGGGCAAGGCUGCAAUUUGCUGUUUGUCAGGUGGGGAAAGUGGGUACAACUGGAGGUGGGAUAAUUUUAUCCCUGCUCUCCAUCUGUUCACAGACCUUUCUUAAUUACUAGGUUUUGGUGGUUCUCUGCUCUUGUAAAAUGGCAUUUCUGCCCAGUGCUGGCCCAGAGCUGGCAUGCUGGACAGGGCUAGGACUCACAGCCCUUGCCAGGGGUGGGGGAUGCUGUUCCCAGCCCAGCCAGUGCUCCUCGUGGUGUUCCCUCCCUUCCUUCCCAAACGUUGCAGUGUUAUGCAAGUCAAGUGACCUCGUUCUCCAGCUAUGCAAUACAAACAACGUGUGAUGAACCAGCUGUGCCCCCCCCACCCCCCAAAAUGCUUUUGGAAUUUGUCUUUGAUGUGUGGUUUCGUGUUUGUAUUGUUCAUUUUGAGCACCUGAGCCAGAUCCUUUACAGAUUGCCUUUUUCUAGGACUGAAAACGUAGCAUUAGUACUAACAAAUUUUAUUGUAAAUAUUUUUAUAAGACGAUUUAAAAUAAUUUUUGGAUUGCUUUUUAUGGUCUUCAAUGACAUUUCUGCAUCUAAUUUGUGCACUCCAAUGUGGUUUCUGCUGGCUGUGGUGUAGGGGUGACUCUGUAUGUUCUCUGCACAAGAAAUGCCAUGUUGUAAGGAAGAUCUGGGAUAGCUGCUGUUUUGGUUUUAAUGUUAGAAGGACAGCACUGGGCUCCACAUUAUGAGAUAAAUUCAGACCCAUUACCUCAGUCACCAGUAGGCCCUUAGAUUAUUGGUUAUUUUACAAUGAUUCCAAUACCUGAUUUAAUUUCCUCGUGCCAUGAGUUUGGUUCCUGGGUAGUUUGGGGGAAAAGCUGUCACUUGGUGGUUCUGUUUCUUGGAUCCUGCAUGAGCUGCUUGAAGACAGAGAUACUCUGCCCACAACAGUCUGGGCACAGCUCCCAGAAUGCCAAAAUCAGACAAAUUAUUGCAGGAGUUUUAGUAAAAGAUUCACAGACCAAACUUUAACCUCUUCCUCAUGUUGGUCCUUGGUGAAUAUGAACAUUUCCCUCACCUCCUUCUGUUGUAAUCUCUUUUUGGGGUCACCCUGUGCUUGACCCCUGUGGGUUUCUGGCCCAGGGUUUCCUAAAAGGGAUUUUGCUGCUGCAGAAAAGCCCCCAGGAUGAGCCCCAGCCCCAAGAGCAUCAUGUGUAGUGCACACCCUGCUGGGCUUGCAGCAGAUUUAACUCAAGCAAGCUGUUGUUUAAACAAGUCUGAAUGAAGUCCAUCUUUUCCAUUGGUGCCUAAUAGAUAAAUUGGGGGUGUUUAAAAACAAUUUUCAGUUCAUUCAGUUUAUCCAAACAGUGUCUUUUUAUGGAUGUGUACAUCAAGUAAUUACCAUAAAUACACUUGGCAGUGUUUGCAUGUCACCACCAUGAAAGUUUAAUACUCUUCUCUGGUUUACAUUGUUUGGAGACCAAAAUCCUUAAUAUCCAGUGAGGUGUGGUGCCUGUUCAUCAACCAAUGAUGGCUCAACAGAUAAAUGCUGUAUAUCAGGCUACUGUGAUGGUUCAACAGAUGAAUACAGCUUGGUAUUAGCCUUUGGAAUUCAUUAUUCAUUUAUAUAUUGUCAAAGCAGUUGCCCCCUUUGCCCACAUCAUGCCCAAAAAUCUCUUUCAUGUGAGCAUUGUUGCUCAAAGCUGCAGUGUUUGGGAAUGUGCUAGAUAUUAUGGUCUGAAUAUGGGCUCAUCCACUUUUUUUCAACCUCCUUUAUCUUUGUUUAUGGGUUUAUAAAUUAUUUUCCUCUUCAGUGACAAUAAAUAAAUAAAUAAAUAUUGAUAAAUUUAAUUUGUAUAUUUUAUGUAUAAAGACCUCAAGGGUAAUGAAUGAUUGUGAAGUAAUUUACUUGGGUGUGAAAAAAUUUCGGUUUUGUAAACCAGACUACUUUGGUUCAGUAGCUGACAGUAUACUCUAACAAGUUGGUUGACUGUUUAAGCUAAUUUUUUAAAUUAAAGAUUUUUUUUGCAUGAGUGUGGAGGACAAAGGACUUUGCAAAGUAACUCUCUUGACAGCUGUCUUGUCCAGAGCGACGAACAACUCAAGAAACAUUCUUCACUGACAUAUUUCUAUUAUGAAAGAAAAUCACACUGUAGUUCCCCAUCGUUUAAUUUGAAUAAAAACUGGACUAAUGAAACUUU